AUGGCUGUGAGGGAGAGGCUUAAAACCAGUGUUAGACUCAAAAAGAUGGGCAUUAGUGAUAAUGAGAAUUGCCAAAUCUGUGCUCAACAUAUUGAAAACACUGCACAUUUAUUUUUUGGAUGCGAGUUUAGUGACAGAUGCAUCAGACAGGUUGCAGCAUGGCUUGGAAUUGGAUGGAAUGCUAGGAACUUACCACAGACCUGCGGGUGGAUUCGUAGCAGAUACAGAGGGUCCAGAUUCAGGAGGCAGGUGGUUAUGGCAGCUAUUGCAGCAACUAUUUAUCUGAUUUGGUGCAAUAGGAACAAAGCUUUCUGGGAGAAUAUUGUUAAUUCUGUUGAUAGUACACUUAAACACAUUAAGUUCAUUGUAAAAAAAUAG